AAUGGCUGUGAACUGUAUAUGAAAUGGCAUAUCAUCAGUUUAAUGGAGAAAUUCCCUCGACAUCUCAUAAUCCUGGAUUGUUAAAGACAUCAAGGAUGGUGGAUGGAUCAGAUGGCAGCAACCAAAUUCUCUCCAGAAUGGAAGAGAGAAUUGCCCUUAUCCCAGACUUGUAUGCAAGAGUCAAUGAAAUGCAAGGUGUUCUCAACCAGCUUCUUCAUAAUGUCCAGAGGAUAUCCGAAAGUCUGUCCAUCAAUCCACCUGUAGCUCAUGUAACCCCAACAGUCCAACGUCCAUUUACUAGACUAUCAAAGAGACAGGAAGAGCCAGAUGAUGUGAGCCAAUCUUGGAGAAGCUUGGAGAACCAGGAUCAGAGGUUAAACCAAGAAGAGGUCAGAAUUGAAGAGCCUGAUCCACCCUCUGAACCCUCCCAAUAUGCCCCUGUGAUAAGUGCUGUAACACCUGAAAGUGAAACCAAGGAAAACUUUAGCUUUUCAAGAGUUACCAAGCUGACUCAGUCUGAUGUUGAAGAAGAUCUCUCAGAUAGUGAGAAAAAGAAUGAGAAAGAAGGAGAACAUAGUAAUCAGUCAGGGAAUCUAGCCACUGCAGAAGGACCUCCAGAGGUGACCAAUCAUGUCCUACCAGUACCUCGACCAGUAAGCCCAAAAGGUUUCCCAUCAGAGCCAGAGGUGCAGCCUGCGAAUGAGGUCCCAGAGAAGACAGAAGAUCAAAAGUUGGAAGAAGUGACAAAAACUGAGGCAGUAGACAUUCAGGAUAGAUUUAGCAAGCUGAAGUGCAAACAGACAGUGAGAUCAAAUGACAAUAGAAUUGCAUUUUUGUACAGUGAUGGGGCAAAUGGAAUAGAAGGAGAGGAAAGGAGUGGGUCCUUCAGACAAGAGAGAACUCUACAAGAGAGGUCAGAAAUGAGGGUUGAAAUGGAGAAUUGUUUGGAUGAUACGGAUGACGAACCCUCAGCAAAUGUGACCUCUGCACCUUUGUCAUCUGCUUCAGCUUCUGGAUUUCAAACCUCACCACAACAAGGAUUUGGAAAACAAAAUUUUCAAAAUUCAAAUUUUCAGAGCAUUCCAAAUGACUCUCUAAGAUCCUCGCUCAAACCAACGUCUUCUCUAGCAUCAGCAUUAAAAGAACCAGAUGACAGACCAGAUGGGGGACCAGACUUGAAAAUUCUCACUGAAAGUGAACUGGAAGAGCUCACCUUGAAAGAAGCAAACAGGGCUGCUGACUGCACGGAUCACAAGUCCCAAGGAGCAGACACUAUUCUUUGUAUAGACACUUCAGGAAGCAUGGCUGGACAAAAAUUUCAGCAAAUCACAGAAUUUAUCGAGUCUUUCUUAGAAGGUAUAGAAGAUGUUGCUGUUGAGAAUUCUCUAGAAGAAAAUAUAGCUGUGGUCACAUUUGGGAAUGAAACCAGAGUCAUUCAGAAUUUGACCAAUGACUACUCCAAAAUCAGGGAUGCAGUAGAAUCCUUGGAAACUGGUGGCCCUAGUCCUAUAAUGACUGGUCUUGUGCUUUGUAUGAGUGCCAUCUACAAUCGAGGAGGGGUGGUGACAUUCAGGGAGCGUAAGAUCUAUCCCCGCAUUAUUCUCUUGACUGAUGGUGGAGUGACAGACCAGAGAAUAUUUAAUGGACCAGAUACCUUAGUCAAGCAAGGAGGGACAAAGAAAGAGGUGUGGCACAAAUUGAUGGAGUUUGCAGAGAGAUUCCGAACCCACACAGAUCCCAGACACCUUGCUUGUGUUCCAAUUGGAGACGAUGCAGAUAUGACUUUAUUGGGACAACUUGUAAACACUGCAGGGGGAACCAUUGUACAACCAGGGGAUGUCAAGAAACUAAGUCACCAUUUCCUUAUUAAUACUGUAGUAGCCAAGGUUAUCCAUGAUGGAGCCCUGAGGGACCCUAAGUUGUCAGAUGAGGAGAUGAAGCAGAAAAUUAAGGAGGCAGAGGGAGGGACAGGUUUUGAUGAGUCGGAAGUGGAUGAGGCCUUAAGGAUGAUCAGAGAGAGUGAGCAAAAAGCACAAGUUGGUGCCACAGGGGGAUUUGACAGUAGCUCCAUAGAGACAAAGGAGAUGCCCCCGAUUGGUUCCCGGGUGAGACGAGGCCCAGACUGGAGGUGGGAGAACCAGGACGAUAAUCUGCCCGGGACUGUUGUAGCCCACAAAUCAAGAGGCUACUUGACAGUAGAAUGGGACAACGGAAAUCGUGGAAAGUACAGGUAUGGAGCGGAAAGUGGAGCUAAGGAUGUCAGGAUGGUGGAUGAGCCACGUAUGCUUCCACCAGGAAUGAUGGUGGCGGUAGGAGUCAGGGCUAGAAGAGGUAAAGAUUGGGAGUGGGGAUCCCAAGACGGGGGAGAGGGAAGCUCGGGGGUCAUCUUCAAAGUGGAGGACAGUGGUAUUGUCCAUGUGAGAUGGGAUAAUGGUAAAAGAGGAAAUUAUAGAUUUGGAUUGUUUGGAAAAUAUGACGUUGAGGUCUGUCCACAGUGCAUAGUUACAGAAGGAGCCACAGGAAUUUCAGGGGACUUAACUCUUGAGGAAGCAACUGAGAAGAAAGGACAAUGGCAAUGGAGGGAUAAAGAUGGUCGAUGGAGGGACCACUUUGGGGACACCUCAGACAAAAUAGAACACAUUUACCAGACUCGGCAGGGCAAGGGAACAGUGGUAGUGGAAUGUGAGAAUGAAAAGUACAGAGUCAUUCCAGACAAGAAGUGUCAAAGAAAUGUCUCCACAGGAGCCGAGUAUCAGAUAAGGCGUAUAGAGGUGACAAUAUAAUGACGUGAACUAAAACUGGAAUGAAAUUCUUGCAAAAAAUAUUCAUUUGACAGUUGAUAUUAUGCUACGUUAAAGAACAGCAAAAUUACUGUGAGCCACUUGUGACUGCAAAAAUUGUCUCCCAUUUCCAACCAAGAAAUCCUUUUUGAAUAAAAAACUCUAUACGAGUUUGGUAUACUCUGUAGUCAUAUUCUGCAUAAACUUGUUUUACUGUAAAUAGGAUG